AUGCCAACCUCUCUGCACAUUGAUAUGGAUAACAGCGAAUGGACCCAACAAACGGCGAGUCUGCAGCCAGACCCUAUGAGAGAUCAAAUCAACGAGAGAGAUAAACAGCGGAUACGAAGUCAUCCGCUCUUCCCUCUACUCGAGUUGCUCUUCCACGAGUGCGAGAAACAGACUUCCUGUCCGCCACGAGAUGUGCGCCGAAAUUCUCACCGUCUCAACCAAGAGGUUCAGAAGUUCGCCCGACGGCUGAUGGAACAAGGACGAACGAUCUACACGAACGACACAGAGCUCGAUUCGCUGAUGGUGAAGGCGCUGCAAGUGCUAAAAAUCCAUCUUAUCGAGCUCGAGAAAGUUGGCGAUCUAAGUAAUGACUUCUGCCGCCGAUACAUACAUUGUCUAAAAGGGAAAAUGCAAUCUGAAAAUUUACUCAGGAGUCCUGACUCAGUCGACUCUUCCGAUGAUCCAUGCGAUUUGGGUGCCCAGAUGAUCCAUCCAAUAUCUAGACCAAAUACAGCUCAGUAUGCUCUAGAAAGCAGUCACCUAGGACACCAGAUCCCUCCGCACCCUUACGCCGCGUACGAAGCUUUCCCACGACCCAACGCGCCAGUACUGCCUUCGACCCUUCCACACGGGCACGCUCAGAGUCAUAACAUGCCGGGUCUAUACGAUAAUUUUGACGCCGAUAACAGGCUAAAACGGGGCUUACUGCCGCGUCAAGCGACCGACACGCUCCGAGGCUGGCUUUUUCAGUUACGGUCUCCAGACCUCAUUCUUCGACACCUCGUCCACCCUUACCCCUCUGAGGACGAAAAAAGGAAUCUCGCUCAGCAAACGGGUCUCACCCUACUGCAAGUCAACAACUGGUUCAUCAACGCGCGCCGUCGAAUACUACAGGCCCCACCAAAGCCAAUGAUGGAAAAUGAAAACCGCCGUCGCCCAAAACAGCCCUGGGAGAAAGAGAACGAGCAGAACGAUCAGGAAUCGAAAUCUUCAGCUAGCUCAGACGAUUAG